CGGGAUAUAAAACUGUGGUUCAUGUCGCUAAGUGUCAUAGCAGCCAAUGAAUUGCCAUCUUUGUGCAUGCCACACUGCCUGGUCAAGAAACCUUGUGCAGAAGCGUAAAGACUGGAAAAAAAACAUCUUUUAAGAAGGAUGAGGGCGUCACUGGCUAAGCCAGCAUUUAUUGCCCAUCCCUAAUUGCCCAGAGGGAAGGUAGAGUCAACAACAUUGCUGCUGAUCUGGAGUCACAUGUAUGCCAGACCAGAAAAUGGCAAGCCAGAAAUUUGAAUUAGACAAUUUUGACUUUGCUGACAUAUUUGAAAAUUAUACAAUUCCUUACGACUACAUUAUUGAUCCAGACAUGUCGCCCUGUCAGCCUGAAGUGAAUGAGUCGAUCACCACGGCUCUGGCUGUUAUCUAUAGCCUGGUGUGCUUCCUCGCUGUGACAGGGAACGUGAUCGUAAUGAUUGUCCUACUUUAUGAUCGACGUACCAUAUCAUCCACAGACACCUACCUGCUACAUCUGGCAGUGGCUGAUCUGCUCUUUGCUGUGACCUUGCCUUUUUGGAUUGUGGAUGCCAUAUCUGGCUGGGUGUUUGGUGAUGCCAUGUGUAAAAUUAUCAGCAUGUUACAGGAGAUUAACUUCUACAGUGGGAUUCUGUUUCUGGUUUGUAUUACUAUCAAUCGUUAUCUGUCCAUUGUCCACGCUACACAGGCCCAGAAGCAGAAGAGACCAUUUCUAAUUAUGCUGGUUUGUGCCACUGUUUGGUUGGUGUCUAUUGCUCUGUCUUUACCGGUUUCGUACAAGGGUGAAUACAUUCAUUUUGAACGAGUCAUGUGUUAUGAGGUACUUGAUGUUGAAUCAGUUGAAGCAUGGAGAAUAACCACAAGGCUUUUGCAGCAUUUUUUUGGGUUUCUCAUCCCACUGGCUGUCAUGAUUUUCUGUUACACUGCGAUAAUCCUGAAACUGUGUCAAACAAAGGGAUUCCAGAAACAUAAAGCUAUGAAGAUCAUCAUAGCUGUGGUGGUGUCCUUUGUAAUUUGUUGGCUGCCGUUCAAUAUCACUGUGCUCGUUGACACACUGAUGAGAAGCAAUCUCAUUGCUGAGACUUGUGACAGGCGCAAUGAUAUUGACAGGGCUCUGUCUGCAACUCAAAGUUUGGGUAUCCUGCACAGUUGCAUUAAUCCAAUCUUAUAUGCAUUCAUUGGAGUAAAAUUCAGGAGGAACCUGGUGAAAGUCUUUUUCAAGAAAGGGAUCAUUAAGCAAACCGUCAUGUCAAAAUUCAGGAGAUCUGUAUCCUCAAUCACUGAAUCUGGAUUUAUGUCAACUAGUAUACAUAUUGGUUUUGAUGAAAAUGUCAGUUAGACAGGAGAUAAUAAACAUGAAGGAAUGAGGGGGGAAAGUUUCAAAGUACUAAAAGAAUGAGUAGGAAUGCUUUAGAGAUUUCAGUUCUGAAUAUAGUAAUUAUGUAGUUUUGAGGUGGGUCAAUGAGAUGGGCCAAUGAUAUCUAACAUACAAUUGUCUGAAAGUCUAGUGUGAUGAGUAUUCAUUCAGAUCACAUUAAUUUGCCUGCACUUGAUAAUGAGGGAUAUCCAUAUUAUUGGUUGGAUAGUGAUCUGAUUGCUAACUCUGAACAAUGACUCUGCUUUGCUACCAAAGAUAACCAUACUGCUUAAUCACAGAAUAGAGAUAAGGAACAAUUGCUUGAUUUGCACUGCAUGUAAUGGAAUUGAAUUAAUAUAACUAUGGUCUGACUAAAACACUCCUGUGAAAUGAGCACCUCUUUGAGCUGUUCUUUCUUUUGGUAUUGCCUCAGUAUUGGAGUGCACUCAGAAAGAGCUAAGUCUGAAACAACUACAUGGUCUUGAAAAGGUUUCAAAAGUUCAAUGCCUGUACUAUUCACUCACUCCUCAUCUGGUCUCAGCAUUUCUUGUCAGCAUGAAUUAAACAGACAGUAAGUAUUAAGAGCUUAAUAAAUAGAAGCAGGGAUAAAUCAUUCAUCCCUUCAAGUCUGCUUCACCAUUCAAUAAGAUAAUUUAUCAUCUGUUUGCAGCCUUAAGUCCACUUCCUGUCUGUCCCAUAACAUUUGAUUCACCUGUCAAUGAACAAUCAAACUCAACUUUGAACAUAUUCAAUGACCCAUCCUCCAAUAUUCUUUGCUGUAGAGAAUUCCAAAGACUAAAAACCUCCUCAUCUUGACCUUAAAUGGGAGUUCCUUCAAUUUAAAAAUAUGAAAAAAUGCAGUGUACAAAAAUUUCUUACCUUGACUUCUUAAAUUGACUUUUCCAGCAGUGGGUGGAAGGUUCCAAUGGUGGUGGUGAGAGAUGGAACUGCACUCUAUCUCCCACAUCUGUAGGUGCAAGGCCCAGACGGAAGGUGAGCUUGCAACGGUGUCACAGAAAGGGCCCAAUAAUGAAGAGCAUAAAAGCUACUUUCAUUCAGGCUGGCAUACUGUAGCUGUCAAUGACCUUCAAUAAAAAUUGACCCUGCUGAUUUAAGUACAUGAAAUUAGGCAGAAUUUUCUAGGCCUGUCCUGAACUUUUAGAAGCAUAAAUGGGGAAUCUUCAUUCGGUUGGGGCAGGAUGGGAUGGGUGGCAAAAAUACAGUUUCCCUGAUGGCUAGUUAAAAUUUGGCAUUGAAGUUCUCAGAAUCUUUCAGGUAGGUCAGCUUUCCUGACCUUGAACUUGGUGUGCAUUAACGUCGCAUGAGUACUCAACAGUAUCUCAGCCUACCAGAAUUACAUUCACGUUAGAAUCCCAUUAGCAGAUUUGAACCUAUGACGUGGUUGGAACUGCUGCCUCACAGUGCCGGGGGCCUGGAUUUGAUUCCAGCUUGGGUGGCUGUCUCUAUGGAGUUUGUACAUUCCGCAUGUGCCUGUGUGGGUUUCUGCUAAAUGCGCUAGUUUCCUCCCACAGUCCAAAGAUAUGCAGGUUAGGUGGAUUGGCCAUGCUAAAUUGUCCUGUAAUGUCCAAGGUUGUGUAGGCUGGGUGGAUUAGCCAUGGUAAGCCUCCUCACUCAUUUCCCUGAUCCUUUCAAGUACUUUGUUGAAGAUAUGGUGCAGUUGACCAAUUAAUUGUUCAGUCUUUUGGUCACUGAUUAAACACAAUGGCUUAUAGCAAGUGGUGAGAGAGAAUAUCUUUGUUUCAUUUCUAGGUUAUAUGGAGACAUAGAAAUUGGGAUCAGGAGUGGGCCUUCCAUCACUUCAAGCCUGGAGAUUCAAUAUGAUUGUGGUAGAUGCUUGAUCUCAAUGUCACAAUCCUGCUUUCUCCCUAUACCUCUUGAUGCCUAUAAGAAUCUAAAAAAUGUAUCUAUCCCUUUCUUGAAAAUAUUCAACGACUUGGCCUUCACAGCCUUUUGUGGUAGAGAAUUCUGCAGGUUCAUUACCUUUUGGGUGAAAAAAAACUUUCCUCAUCUCAAUCUGAAAAUGGUCUGCCCUAUAUCCUCAGACUGUAUCCCUUGGUUCAUCACCUCAGCCAUGGAAAACAUCCUCCCUGCAUCUAGUCUGUCCAGCCCGGUUAAAAUUUUAUACAUUUCAAUCAGAUCCCCUUUCAUCCUUCUAAAUGCUGGAUGCUAGGGAACCAAUCUCUCCCCAUCCCUGAUUGCAGCCUGAUGAACUUCUGCUGCACUCCCUGCAAAUAAAACUGCACACAAUACUCCACUUGCGAUCUCACCAAGGCCCUGUACAACUGAAGUAAGACAUCCCUAUUUCUGAAAUGAAAUCCACUUGCAAUGAAUGUCAAUACACCAGCUGCCUUCCUAAUUGUUUGCUGAAACUGAGAUAACAAGGUGUAGAGCUGGAUGAACACAGCAGGCCAAGCAGCAUCAGAGGAGCAGGGAAGCUGACGUUUCGGGCCUAGACCCUUCUUCAGAAACUGCUUUCUUUCAUUACUGGUGUACAAGGACACCCAGAUCCCUUUGUACAUCUACACUUCCAAAUAUCUCACUAUUUAAAUAAUACUCUUCCUUUCCAUACUUCACAUCGAAGUGUAUAACUUUACAUUUAGUCAUAUUCACUCAACUUGUUUAAAUCACCUUGAAGCCUCCUUGCAUCCUCCUCACAACUCACAAUCUCACUCAGUUUUGUGCAAACUUAAAUGUUGCACAUGGUUCCCUCAUCCACAUCAUUUAUGUUAAAUCAUAAAUAGCUGGGGCUAAGAACUGAUCCUGUGGUACCACACUAGUCAUUGUCUGCCACUUGGAAAAUGAUCCAUUUACUCCUAUUCUCUGUUUUUUGUUUGUCAAUCAAUUUUUGAUUCAUGUCAAUACACUACUCCCUAUUCCAUGUGCUUAAACUUUUCCCGUUAACCUCUUAUGAAACACUUUAUCAAAAGCCAUUUAAAAAUCCAAAUACACUGGAUUUCCCUUACCUGUUUUUCAUGAACCGUGCUGGCUUUAACCAAUCCCAUGAAUGCUUCCAAAUGUUCCAUUAUUGUGUCUUUUAUGAUAGAUAUCACUGCAGAGACAGAUAAAGAGACAUACUGUCUCUUGCAUUCUGCACACCUUCUGCCUUUGUAUUGUUCACACAAAGGCUAUCCACCUGCCCACUAAUCAGCAGUCUCUGGGUGAAAGUUGCCUUUCUCUCUCUCUUGCAAACACACACGCAGGCACACACAUACACACGUGCACGCAAACACACGCGCACACACACACACACGCACACACACACAUACACACAUGCACACACACACAUACACACAUGCACGCGCACACACACACAUACACACAUGCACGCGCGUGCGCGCACACACACGCACACACACACAUGUACGCACGCACACGCGCGCACACACACACUUUGGAUCUCAAACAUAUGUCACCGCUUGAAUAAGGGGAUAGUGAUAACACAACUCUCAAUGAGUCCCAGCAACUUGUUUUCAAAAGUGCAGCAACCCCUUUGAUAGUGGUUGUCUAAAGAAGUUGUUUUUUUAUUUUGGCCCAAAUCUAAAAUGAAAAAAAAAAUGGUCUUUACACUGGAACCAUUCUUCUAAACCUCUUUUAUACUCUCUCCAAUGUAUUCUUAUCCUUCCUAAACUGUGGCACUCAUAACUACUCAUAGUACUCCAUUGGCAAUCUAACAAAUAUCUUGCUCCCCAUAUCUUGUGUCCCUCUCAAUAAAUUCCAGGAUACUUAAAUUGCUUUCUCCACCCUCUAUCUUCAAUGAUCUGUGCGCAUAUCUGCCUCUGCUCCUGUACCCCCUUGCAAACUCUACUAAUUUUUUAUUGUCUUGUCUUUUGUUGUUCUUAAUAUCAAAAUAAACUACCUCACCCCAUUUCUCUUCAUCUAACUUCAUCUGCCACCAACUCCACCAACUUGUCUACGUCCUUUUGGAGUUCUACAUUGUCUUCCUCACAGUUUACAAUGGUUCCUCUGGUACUUAAAUCCCCUUGCGAAGAAGGCCAACAUACCAUUUGACUUACCAAUUGGAUGUUAACUUUAAGUGACUCACUGAGCUCUUGUAGUGUCAUGGUAAUAUUCUUAUCUCUGGGCAAAACGGCUGAGUUCAAGUCCAACUUGCCAAGACACGUGUCAUAAAAUGCCCAAAUGCCUGAUUAAAAAUAAUUUGAAGUGACUCAUGAGCAUAUGCAAACCCCUUUGCACAUCAGCAUUUUCCAACCUCUCACCAUUUAAGCUAGGCCAUUUAGGGAUGAAAUUAAAAAAAAAGAUUUCCUCAAAACAGAUGGUGGAAAUCCGGCAUUCUCUCCUGUAAAAAGUUUGUGGAUAUGUAUAUAAAUUGUCUUAAAGGUUAUAAAACAAGGGCAGAGAAAUGAGGUGAGCCAUGAUCUAAAUGAAUAGAAAAUGUUCAAGAAGCUGAAUGGCUUAAUCCUGUAUUUGUUAUUUUACCAUUCUGUGACAUUUAGAUUAUAUAAUUCAUGUAAAUAACUUAUUAUAUCACUGUCAGAUUACUUGCUUGUUCAUUGUUUAUUUAAUAAAU